AUCUGACAAGAUGCGACUCACGUGUGUGCUAGGUUAUUUCAAGAGAUACAAAAGCUUGGGUGGACAGCCGUUUUCAGGGAAAAAUAAAGUGAUAAAAAGAGUUGAAAACACACACAAGGCAACUGCUGUGAAGAAUAUUCUACAGAAUGCUAGAAAUAUGGAAAUAAUCAAAAGGCCCUACAUAUCAGAGAAAGAGGAACGGGGAUCUGCAAAGCUAUUGAGGAACGCAGGAUUAAGGGAAGACUUUGUAACAAAGAUGAAAAAGGAAAGGGACGAAAAAUGGCUUGAGAAACGACCACACUAUUCAAUAGAAAGUCACCUCGAACAAUUAAAUAUUUCAAAAAAGUGGGAAUGAUGUUAACAUAUACUCUAAACAUUUACUAGAAAACACUGCUCAGCCAAUGUUAUAGGUGAUUGUGUUGUUAACUGAAAGUGUCAUCAUCUUGAUUCAGUAUCAAUAUUAACUACUGACAAAUAUUGUGCAAUUCAUCGAUGUUUAUGAAGAUGAAGGCAACAAACGAACUAUGGAGCAUCUGAAUAUUUGAUGGAUGUAACAAAAUUACAUGCCUCUCUGAAUGCAAUGUUUGUGAUAUGAAGAUUGACAGUUAGUGCAGUGAUAUUACUUCCUCUUCUUAAAAUAGAAAUCAAUGAUCAAUUUCACCCUAGAGUAUGAGGAAAUCGAUUACAGAACAUACAGUUAUUGUAGUCAUGUAUAGGGAUUCAUGUAUGCUGAUUGUGUGAAAUGAUAGAUGUAGUAUGUCUGAGUGAGUAUUCUUAAUAUUUGAUUGAGAAAUGAUGAUGUUAAAUAAAAUUUAACAAAAAAUGAAAA